GAUUCCCCUCCCCGGGCGGGGUACAUGAGGACGCAUGCGCGUUCUCGGCGGCCGAGGGGCCGCGGUGGCUGCCGGGACUGAGCUCCGAACCCGCGGAUCAGGAAGUGGCGGGCGGAGCCCGUGGCCGAGUAGCUGCCUGAGUCGCCGCCGCCGCCGCCGCCAGUGCGGAGACCCCGACCUGGCGGGGUAGCGCUGGGCGUGCGUGCGGGCGAGCGGGGGCGCUGACGACGAGCAGGAAGCGGCGGCCACGCAGGCGUGUGCGGCUGUUGAGGAGGAGGCUCCGAGAGGCGGCGGCCGGGCUCGUGGGGCGGCCCUCCUGGCUCAGCAUUAUGGAUCCAAGUCUCUUGAGAGAACGGGAGCUGUUCAAAAAACGAGCUCUUUCCACUCCUGUAGUAGAAAAACGUUCUGUAUCUUCUGAGUCAUCUUCAUCAUCAUCAAAGAAGAAGAAAGCGAAGCUAGAACAUGGAGGAUCAUCAGGCUCUAAACAAAAUUCUGAUCAUAACAAUGGAUCAUUUAACUUGAAAGCUCUAUCAGGAAGCUCUGGAUAUAAGUUUGGUGUUCUUGCGAAGAUUGUGAAUUACAUGAAGACACGGCAUCAGCGAGGAGAUACACAUCCUCUUACUUUAGAAGAAAUUUUGGAUGAAACACAACAUUUAGAUAUUGGACUCAAGCAGAAACAAUGGCUAAUGACUGAGGCAUUAGUCAAUAAUCCCAAAAUUGAAGUAAUAGAUGGAAAGUAUGCCUUCAAGCCCAAGUACAACUUGAAAGAUAAGAAGGCCCUACUUCGGCUUUUAGAUAAGCAUGACCAGCGAGGCUUAGGAGGAAUUCUUUUAGAAGACAUUGAGGAAGGACUGCCCAAUUCCCAGAAAGCUGUCAAGGCUUUAGGGGACCAGAUACUAUUUGUAAACCGUCCUGAUAAGAAGAAAAUUCUUUUCUUCAAUGAUAAGAGCUGUCAGUUUUCUGUGGAUGAAGAGUUUCAGAAACUGUGGAGGAGUGUCACUGUGGAUUCAAUGGAUGAGGAGAAAAUUGAAGAGUAUCUGAAGCGACAGGGUAUUUCUUCCAUGCAGGAAUCUGGACCAAAGAAAGUGGCUCCUAUUCAGAGAAGGAAAAAGCCAGCUUCACAGAAAAAGCGACGGUUUAAAACUCACAAUGAGCACUUGGCCGGGGUGCUGAAGGACUACUCUGACAUCACUCCUGGCAAGUAGUGGACAGUUUUGUCUGAGAGCAAAGAGUUACAAAGUCAAGAUCUUCCUUGCUGACGCUGGGAUCUGAAGACUGACUGUCUUCCCAUUCUACUUCUUAGGACCGAGGACAGGAGCAGUUCAGUUUACAGAACUAGUGCAAAUUACCAAACUUGAAGCUUAUUUUCAUUAAUGGGCUAAUGAGAAAUGUUAUGUCCCCUGUUAACCUCCUUCUUGGGGGAAAGGCGCUCAGCAUGGCAUGCAGGUGACUUUGCUAUUUAUCUCUACUUCUAAGUGGUUCCUGGUUCCAUUUUCCUUUUCAUUACCUUAGAACAGGUUUGCCAAUAGUCUUGAAUGCAGUAUUUGUUUAUUCCAAAAGAGCAUAUUUAUAAUAAAAUCGUUGUAGAAGGAGCUCUGAGA